AUGCGGGUGAUUUUACUGAGCUGGCGAAGCUACAGCGCCUGGAAAGCAUCUUUCGACAAGUUCAUUCCCAAGCUCGUGGUGAUGUGCUUUCACAACUGGUUUGCUGGAGCCUCCCUUGGUCUGCUGCCUUGGAUGUGGCUUCUUCGGCCCCUGGACCACUUGCUGGGCCGACCGGUGGAGGGGGUCGUACGGGAGGGCACGCCGCCCAUUACGGAGGUCUCGGGUCCCAUGGUGUGGCUUUACCACCAGAGCUUGAACCACCGGAGGCAGUACGAGGCGUGGAGCCCGCCCACAACGACAUGGAUACCUGAAAACGAAGAGGACUACAAUCAAUUCUUCGAAAAGGUUCGCCAGACUGUUCCCAAAGACCGUUUGUUCGAAUGGGACCCGCGUCGGAAUACGAUGGAAGAGCUCUGCGAGUUCAUGGAGAUCAGACCUUGCCCCAAAAGGGGCAAGCCCGGCAGGGCCAUCAACACUUGGAUCUUCGAACGGGAUUUCCCCGUCGCCUCCAUGGCCGUCAACACGCUGCGGCUGUUCUUACAUUGGGUGAACUGGAGACUUUGCUGCGCCUUCGGACGUGUGCUGAUGAAUCGGUGCAGGCGACAGGCGGCACACAAGAAGCCAGACUGA